AUGAGCGUUAUAGCAACUCCGACCGCACUGGGCGGGACCGCUCCCUUGCGAUCACUCUUGAGGACAACGUCGCAGUGUCCCCGACAACGGAAUAGUUUUACUCGGAAAGCCCAAACUAGACGAUUUUACGACUCUGCCGCCCCGAAGAGACCGGUACCGCAGCGCUCGUCCUCAGCGUCUCCCCGAUGUCCGUCGCAUCACAGACGGCCGUUUUCUGCGACCCCGGCCUUCCAGGCCACGAAAGAUCCUUAUGCGACCCUGGGCGUGGGAAAGAAUGCUACGGCUCCUGAGAUCAAGAAGGCGUACUACGCCCUGGCGAAGAAAUACCACCCUGAUACCAACAAAGACCCGGGCGCGAAAGAGAAAUUCACCGACGCCCAGUCAGCAUACGAACUUUUGAAUGACCCCCAGAAGAAAGCGGCCUACGAUCAGUUUGGCGCUGCUGCAUUCGAUCAAGGCGCGGGAUUCGACCCUUCCGCUGGUGGUGGAAAUCCUUUCGCAGGCGCCGGGGGAGGAAAUCCCUUCUCUGGGUUCGGCGGAGGUUUCGGUGCCGAGUUCAAUUUCGAAGAUUUGUUUGGCGCAUUUACUGGCGGCGGUCGCCGUGGCCGGAGGGGAGGCGGGCCUUUCCAAGAAGAGAUCUUGGUGGGCGAAAAUAUUGAAGUCCAGACAAAUAUAUCUUUCAUGGAUGCGGCGAAAGGAGUGAGUAAGAAUAUCACCAUUACCCCGCUGGUACAGUGCGGGACGUGCAAAGGAGAUGGGAUGAAGCAGGGAUCUUCGAGACAGACAUGCAAACGAUGCAAUGGUACGGGCACAAGAGUCCAUGUGAUGCAGGCCGGCUUCCAGAUGGCCUCUACGUGUGAUACAUGUAACGGGACCGGAACCGUGGUGCCCAGGGGAUCUGAGUGCAACACAUGCUCCGGUAACGGUGUGGUUCGGAAGAGGGAGACUGUUGAAGUCGACAUUCCCGGCGGAGUCGAGGAUGGAAUGCGCCUGCGGGUCGCAGGUUCUGGUGACUAUCCUCCCACCGGCCUAUCAGCAAACCCCAAACUUCGAACACAGCGCGGCGACCUGUACGUCUUCAUUCGGGUGGCACCAGAUGCGCGGUUCAGCCGAAACGGAGCAGACAUUCUCUACACUGCGUCGAUACCACUGACCACGGCGCUGCUUGGUGGUGAGGUGAUGGUACCCACGCUAGACGGUGAGGUCAGAGUCAAAGUAGCCACGGGCACGUCGACAAACGAUCGGAUCACACUUGGUGGUAUGGGCAUGAAGAGGCUCGGUGGCCGUGGUGCUGGCUCGUCUGGCGAUCUGCGGGUGGAGUUCAAGGUACAAAUGCCCAAGUACCUGACUGCCAACCAGCGGACGAUCAUUGAAAUGCUGGCGGAUGAGAUGGGCGACAAGACGGCCAAGAGGAUCAUGAAUGUGGGCCGGUACAAAGACCAAGACAAGCAAGCACCUGGAAACGACAGCCCUGCAUCGAAGCCGUCCGAGAAGAGAGCGGACCACAAGAACGAGGGAUUCUUGAAAUCUGCCUGGCACAAGCUCACUCACCAGCAUGAUAAUCUGGAGUCCGACAAGCCUGGAAAGGAGAGCAAAGCGGAGCAGCACGAGGAUAACGAACCCGAGAAGGCGUCUGGGUCUGGCUAA